UCUUUCCAACCGGAAGUUCGCUUACACAGACCUAUCGCCACAAAAGAAAUAUGAUAAAGAAUAAAUGGAUAAAUUGAAAAUACCAGAAAUAAAGGAAGAUCUUGAUUUUGACAGACAGGGUAAUCACAAUUCCAUUGAUGAACAUCUAGCUUUAAAUUUUGAUUCAGAUGAAAUAAGACGUCUUGGGAAAAGGUUUUGCAAACUAGACAAAGAUCAUUCUGGUUCUUUAAGUGUUGAGGAGUUUAUGUCCAUUCCAGAGUUGAAGGAUAAUCCAUUAGUCCAGAGAGUUGUUGCUAUCAUUGAUACAGAUGGCGAUGGUGAAGUGGAUUUUACAGAAUUUUUAAAUGGAUUGUCCCAGUUCAGUGUGAAAGGUGACCCGAAAGAUAAACUGAGAUUUGCUUUUGCUAUAUAUGAUAUGGACAAAGAUGGAUACAUAUCUAAUGGAGAAUUAUACCAGGUGUUAAAGUUGAUGGUAGGUGAUCAUCUGAAAGAUACCCAGCUACAACAGAUUGUUGAUAAAACUGUUGUUAUGGCUGACCAAGAUAUGGAUGGCAAACUGUCAUUUCAAGAAUUCUGCACUGUUGCAGAGAGCAUCGAGUUUCACAAGAAGAUGGUUGUAGACCAUGUGUAGAGUUAUCUUGCCUGGAAUGUAAAUGAUCUCAGACUAAUGUUAUAUUUUUUUGUAACUUUGAAAUAUUUCUUUACAAAAUGUUAUGUAAUUUCCAUUUGAAAUUAAAAUGUAAAAUAAACUGUC